UUGUUUACAAGUAAAAAAUAAAAGCACAUAUUACUAUCUCCAUUUAGUCUUUUAUUCAGUUAAUAAGUUUAAAAAAAACAAGAAAUACGUUAAUUAUAGACUUUCACUCAUGACAACGAUUAGAUGCAAUAUAAGUACACACUAAAAUUUCAAUAAAUAUUAUUACUGUCAGUGACAUGUCAUUACACAAAAAAUACCUUCAGUAUUUUCAGAUUUCCCAGUAAUGAAUUCGUUGUUUUGUGAUCGUGAGCGUAAACAAUAAAAUAGAACAAUGCUUAAACUGAUUAUAUUAAUUGGAAUUUUCAAUAAUGUAUAUUGUACGCCGGGUAAUAUCGCUUUGUCGCCAAACAGGACUUUUAAUUACGGCAUCUAUGAAUAUGAUAAACUGUUAAAUUUAACACUAAACAGUUCUGUGGAACAGAUAAUGGAUUUUUCCGAGAUGACAAAUAAGUCUUCAGGCUUCCCCACCCGUGUGGAAAUCUUCACCAAUGAUAUAAUCACCAGUGACUUUCCAGUGUUCAUCACGGCAACACAACAAAAAGGCGUGUCGUCGUGGGAACUGCCUUUGGUAAUCCAGACAAAUGACUGGCAUCUGAUGUUCAGUAACAUGGCGAGAACUCUAUGCCCCCACGACGCGGGACCUGAUAUACGAAAAGAGAAAAGUCCAACGAUACAUCUCACCACUUCUAACGUGAACAACAUAACCCUGACCAUCCAACUGACGAGGGUAACGGACUUCUACCUGGAUGUUAAUAAGGAGGUGGAACUGGCGGCAACGCCGAGUACUCCUCAAUAUUAUUACUUUUCGUUCGACCGGAACCCUUGGAAUAUCACUGACAACAAUUUGCAAGGUAUUGGCAGAUUUAACUAUACAAUACCAAAAAGCGUUAUACUAGUGAUAGAGUCUGAUGACGAACUAUGUGCGACCGUGUCAAUACAGAACAAUUCCUGUCCAGUAUUCGACAAUGAAAAGGAGAUCCAGUACCAGGGAUAUCAUCUGACUAUGACCACUAAGGGUGGGAUUACUUUGACACAAUCGAUGUUUCCAAACGGGUUUUAUGUGGUUUUUGUAGUAAGAGAAAGCGACGACGCAUGUACCGGCGAGAAAGAGACGCAAGAUGGAUUAGAAAGGUCGCGUUUAUACAGCAAAGGACGGCACAAAAAUUUCAGGUUCAAGGUAGUGGCAACGAUAUCGUAUGAGGAGUACCUGGUGGGUGCGUUUGUGACAUUGGCGAUGGUGGUGCUGGUGGCCGCCUUCGUGGCCGCCACGCUGCUGCCCUACAGCUGCAAGUGCACGGAGGAAGAAAUAAUAAUCGAAGAAGAGGCUGUACCUUCGACAUCGGGCAGUAGGUAUGACGAGCCGGGCACCAGCGAGACGAAACCGAUGGUGGAUGAUGACGACGAUGAUGAGGAUGACUGGGCCACGGCACCACCGCUUACUGUCAGCAGAUUGACUCAAGCACCUCCCAGCACACUCGCAAGAAGGGCUGACAGAUACUUCUGGGGCGCUUUGACCGUCGCCGUGGUGUACGCGUUACCCGUAGUACAAUUACUGUUCACUUAUCAAGGAUUGGUGUUCCAAACUGGCGACCAGGACCUGUGCUACUACAACUUCCUGUGCGCGCACCCGCUCGGCUUCCUCUCCGACUUCAACCACGUGUACUCCAACAUCGGCUACGUGGUGCUCGGGCUGGUGUUCAUGCUGCAGGUCAGGGUGCGCCAGGUCCAGAGGAAGGCUUACCCUCACCACAUGGGCAUACCCCAGCACUACGGUCUCCUCUAUUCCAUGGGGUUGGCUUUAGUCAUGGAGGGAGUGUUAUCAGCGUGUUACCACCUCUGUCCCAACAAGAUGAACUUUCAAUUCGACUCGUCGUUCAUGUACGUGAUCGCGGUGCUGGUGAUGCUGAAGCUGUACCAGAACAGGCAUUCCGACAUCAUUCCCAGCGCUCACUCCACUUUCAUGGUGCUCGCGCUCAUCAUGACCAUCGGAUUAUUUGGCAUUCUCAACCCGAGCAUGUACUUCUCUGUAUUCUUCACUAUAUUGCAUCUGUUCACGUGCCUGGUGUUCACGCUCAAGAUAUACUAUGCGGGUAAAUUUAAUAUGGAGGUGUCGGUGUUGCGGCGCGCCUGCGCCGUGGUGCGCGCGCACGGGCGCGGCGCGCUGGUGCCGGCGCAGGGCGCGCGCGCGGCGCUGCUGGCCGUCGCCAACAUACUCAACUGGUCCUUCGCCAUCUACGAGAUAAUCGAGCACAACAAGGACUUCGCCCGGCAACUGCUGGCGAUCCUGAUGGGCAACGCGAUCCUGUACACCAUGUUCUACGUGAUCAUGAAGCUGGUGAACCGCGAGCGGAUCCCGCUGCACACGUGGGCGUACGCCGUGACCGCGCACGUGGCGUGGUUCACGGCGCUCAAGUUUUUCCUCGACUCCAAGACCAAGUGGUCGGAAACUCCCGCGCAGUCGCGGCGCCACAACGCGCCGUGCUCGAGCCUGCGGUUCUACGACUCGCACGACAUCUGGCACGGCGCGUCCGCCGCCGCGCUCUACCUCUCCUUCAACAUGCUGCUCACCAUGGACGACGCACUGCUGAACACGCCCAGGGAGUCCAUACCCACUUUCUAGAAGCUUCUUACGUGAUACUCGUGGAAUACACAUGUCAUUUAUACAUCGGCGUGAUGUGUGCUGUGGGGGAUACAAUCAAAGAUACAGGGAAAGGAGGCUGUCGCUUCAUGAUAAAAAUAGGAUUCUUCCAGUACUCCUGAAGCACCAUGAAUGUAGUUUUUAAGCAUGUGUAUCCCACAUAUAUAAAUAUUUUUUUUACUUAAACUAGAAUAAGAAACGUGAACAAAAUGGCAAUUUAAAGUCGUUAAUAAUGUUAAUUAUAAUUCUCAAUACAAAAAGGUUUUAUGCAUGAAUUUUAGUAAAAGGAAAGUAUAAUUAUACAGUUCAAUAAGUAGGACAUUAUAUCUGGACUAUGUUCGAUCAGUGACUUUUGUGAACCAAUUCUUCGAUCCACAAUCAAUUCAACGUCAAUCAUCUUUAGGUACUGAUUGGACUGAUGCCAGCAUGAUCUUGCAAUAGCUAGCUAACUUGUAAAACACACUUAAAACUUAAAAUUCUUGAUAAAGAAUAUCGUGAUAUGAGAUUUAGAAUAGUAUUAUUUUAUUUUCCGCGCUUUUUUCAAUCUCAAGUGAUUUUUCUCAAUAAAUAUCUGAAUUAACUAAAUAUGCAAUGGCAUUAUAAACCGUCAUCAUUAUUAAUCGUUAUAAUAUGAUCAGGCAGCAGUUCAAGCUCAGUUCAGUGUACAUAUCAAUCAGAUCAUUUCUGCAUCGGACUGUCGGAGUAGUUAGUUGUCACUUACGUAAGUCCAAGGCCCUUAGGCUAUAGGUCUGUCGCUAAGAUAGGAUAGGUAGAUGUGUCAUUCCAUUUUUCGUUUUCUAGAGUUAGCGAUUGUUAAAAGGCAUCUUGUCUAAAGCUCCUGUAUUUUCUCUUUAUCUACACUGCUACAAUUGUUAUUAAGUGGCAGCCUUCAGCGACACGAGGCCCCGGGUGAAACCAAAAACAACAGACACGAGGCUCUUUGUGAAUAAAAAAAGGGCGCUAGUCUCUUUGUGGAGAAAACUUUGUGCGAGGCGCCAGGCGGAGCAGUUUCUAGAUUUAAAAAGUUUUGUAGAUAUAAUGUCAAAAAGAGGUCCUCCAAAGACAAGCGUUAGGCCCUAGCACUUGCUCAGUUCACCACCCCUCUCCACUCCUAAGGCAGGUACUGCUCAUUGAAGUUAGAAGAUAUAGCCAAAUCAAUUGAUAUUGCCUUUAUAAUGAGUGACAAUAGCUCGAUAUCUCGUGAUCUACAAAAUUAUGGAUUAAAUUCAUUUUAGAUGCUAUAUGUUAAAAAUAGCAUGUUAUAAAAAUAAUAUGAGAAAUAGUGGUAUAUUAUGAUUACAAUAAUGCCAAAUUGCCAAGUUGCGUUAUCAGAUUAUAGGAUAAUAAACGUAAAGUUGUAGGUAAUAAGGGAUGAUAUCGCGUGCUUUUUUAGAUCAUAGUUACCAAAAAAUAUUUAAUUAAUAAACUACGUUUAGGCACUACGAAAGUAAAAAUCCUGCGUAGCAUUUUAUUAAUAUAUUAUUUUAAAUCUUAUUGUUAUUCAACUUACGGUUUGUUUUUGUUUGUUCGUAUCAAGCAUUUUUUUCAACACUCACACGUGAUAUUUCAAAAAUUAAAUCGAUGACUGUACUCGAAUUAUUCUUUAUUACAAUGCCGUGCCACGAUGAAAAUUAUUAUGAUUAAUUUUAAACUCUAAUCCCCGUAUUCAUAGACGUUAUUUAUCUAAGGACGGAGCAUUGCUGAGAUAACAAGUCUGUUUCUCAGCUUUGUUUAUCUGACAGCUUGCUGUUUGUUCAGCUUUGUUUAUCUGACAGCCAACUAGAUCUAAGUUGUAUCUCAAUAUUAGCCAAUCACAACGGCCCUAUGUCUACGCACUGCGAAGGCUACCAUACCGUCAGCACUGAGAAACGGACUUAUUGUCACAGCUUUGCUCCGUCCUUAGAUGAAAAACGUCUAUGAAUAAGGGGGUAAGUUAUUAACAUAGGAUUUAAAAUGGUAAUAAAUAAAGAGUACCCAUGUUCCUACACUGAAUGUCGGAAUUUUGGUUUUUAUGUAGUUGAUAAAGCUUUUGUAAUUAUUGAAAAGGUGCUUCAAAACAAGAUCUUUUAUUAUCAGUAUUUUCUUAAAAUUAUAGGAUAAGGAAACAGAUUGAUCCCUGUUAUCAGCAUUUUAAAUAUUGCGUAAUUUGUUUGUCUUUAGAAAUAUGUCUUAUGGAGAAUAGUGUUAAAAUGCUAUCAAUAACUAUGUAAAUAAGAUUUGAAUUUGUUUAUAUAUGGUGUUCUAUAAUUUCUCAUGAGCAUCGAUCGCAAAGUGUAACUACUGAAGACUUAAAAUCUCAUGUCUCAGGAUGGCGAGCGCAGUGGAAUACCAAACAAUACUUUGUGAUUCAAGGUGUUGGAUGGUGUUUCUACUGUUUAUGAGCGGUCGUAUCGCUUACCAUCAGGCGAACAGCAAGCUCGUCUCGUCGUUCAAAGCAAUAAUAUAUAAGCCGCUAAGCUCAGUAAUUUUUUUUAUUCUUAUAUCAAUCUUAGAAGGGACAUUUGAUUUGCAUAGUUAUUAACUUCAGCCACACUCGAAUUACUUCUUUGUAUUAGAAAAAUAAAAAGUUACGUUUUUUAGAACAACCUGUAUAUUAGUUUAAGUUUUUAAGAAUGAAUACGUACAUACUCGUAUAUAGUUAGGUGAGUUGGGGUGAUAUGGAUAUAAUAUGGUAUAGGCUAUGGGUAGGUUUUAAAAGACUUGACGUUGUACUCCGACGAUGAAAACCAACAGUUUUCUCUUGGAGAGGCAGUUGGCGCUGGAGCAAAAAUGUCGACGAAUUGAACAAAAAUCGGUUCAUUCUCUGGAUCGGAUCGAAGAUUAAGAUUGGGAUCAUUGGUAAGUGAAUAAAUAAAUCCUGUAAUAUUUAUUAUUUAGUAGAGCCCUAUAAAGGUUAAAAUAUAUGCCGAUUUUAGGUCGGCUACAUUCUAUGUGAAAAUACUUGUUCUAAAACUAAUUUUUCAAUUAAAUUUAUUGAUCCUCUAAAUUGUUAUAAUAUAAUGACCAUAUUAGAUACACAAUAUGUUUGAUGUUUCGUGGUUCAGUAAAUGUUGAUACAAGUCAUAUGACCCCAAUUUACCCUUUGACGUAAUGUUUGUUACUAUUUCAUUAAGACGACUGUGAUGUUGACACAAACAAAUGUUUAUUACAUUGACAUAUCACGAAUAUUCGCCACAUAACUCAUUCGCUAUGGACGAGAAGCUCGAUCUGAAAAAUAAAAACAUGCUUUGAGCGGUGCCACUUUUUCGUUUUAAAAUUAAUUUUAUUAGUACAAGAAAUUAGUUUCAUAUUGUACCACAUGGCGGGUUUAUUAUUUUCCUUCUCGGGCUGUAAAGCUAUUCCUUGUACUUUUAAUACGAAUAACAUUUUUGAAAAUUAACUUUAGUUGUGUCCAUUUUCACAUAUCUCCCCUUGCAAUCGGCAUGGUCGGUGAAAAUGGGCGUUAGCUGUCUAAAUGAUUAUCCACAUUUUAUUCUGGUGCGUUAAAGUAUUUGUCUAUAUUUAGUGUGUUGUUUGACAACAUUGUAUGUAACAUAAUAUUGGAGCCAAGUUUUGUUCAGUAUAAUACACGGUCUGCUAUGGAUGGAUGAUGGAAGUGAUGUUUUUAAUUAUUUUUAUUUCCGUUUGUACUAAUUUAUUGUACGUAUUGCGGUAAAUACAAAUAUUUCUAGAGAAAUUAGCAGUGAUACCGCUCUGUUAUGGGGAGUUGGUUUAAGCCCGUAUACAGUUUAGGACCAUUGUAAAGACUGGGAUCAAACUUGGGUCAAAUAUUUGCGUUUUGAAUGUAUCGAUUGGUUAGAAUAUUUUUUUUAGCUGUCCAUAUUCUUAUUGUUACCAAAAUUAUGUUUGUUAGAGAUGAUAGUAAUGGGCAAUUAUUGAUUAUGCUUUUUAAAAGAUAUAUUAAUGUUGCCAGAACUGAAUGAUGAGUGUUGCAAGCUUUGAUAAAGACAGUUUAAUUUAUGGAAUAAUUAAUUAAAAUGUAAUAAAUUCAUAUUCUUAA